GCGACUGAAGAUCGCGGGAGGAGCGUCUUGCAAAACCUGCCAUGUAGCAGGGGCUUCAGUUGGCAGCUGUAGCCGAGGCUGCGAGCGAGGCUCCCCACCUGGGGGCAAGCGUCGGCCCAGCUCGGCGGGAGGACGCGGUGACGGAGGGCCCCCGCAGCCCCGGGGUCGCGGCUGCGGAGCGGAGUGCGUGGGAGGAGGCGACGCGCGCACGCCUGAGGCGGCCGGCGCUGAGACUCCUGCCUUCAGUCCCCCUCUCCCGCCUCUCGCCCCAGAAAUGAGCUGGAGCAUCGCCUGUUUGAUUCCAGAGCCCGAAUCGGCAAGCAGAGCAGACCUCAGCGGCAGCUUUGUGAGGACUUAGCUGGGACCUGGAAGCGUAUCCUCCUGUGUUUUUUCUGACUUCUUGGAAAAUAAGGAAUGCAAUUCUGCCACCAUGAUGGAAGGACUGAAAAAACGUACAAGGAAGGCCUUUGGAAUACGGAAGAAAGAAAAAGACACUGACUCUACAGGCUCGCCAGACCGAGAUGGGAUGCAGGGGAAAAAAAAGGCUCAGAAGACCCAGCUUCUCCUCACCUCUUGCUUCUGGCUCAGAGCCCUCUCCUUAACUCUGUCUCAGCAGCCCAGCCCACACGAGCCACCCUACCAUAGCAAAGCAGAGUGUGCGCGGGAAGGAGGGAAGAAAGCUUCGAAGAAAAGCAAUGGGGCACCAAAUGGAUUUUAUGCAGAAAUUGAUUGGGAAAGAUAUAACUCACCUGAGCUAGAUGAAGAAGGUUACAGCAUCAGACCUGAGGAACCAGGCUCUACCAAAGGAAAGCACUUUUAUUCUUCAAGUGAAUCUGAAGAGGAGGAAGAGUCGCACAAGAAAUUCAACAUCAAGAUUAAACCCUUGCAAUCGAAGGACGUCCUGAAGAAUGCAGCGACGGUAGACGAGCUGAAGGCUUCAAUAGGCAACAUCGCACUUUCCCCUUCGCCUGUGAGGAAAAGUCCGAGGCGCAGCCCGGGUGCAAUUAAAAGGAACUUAUCCAGUGAAGAAGUUGCAAGGCCCAGGCGUUCCACCCCAACUCCAGAACUUACAAGCAAGAAGCCUCUGGAUGACACUCUGGCCCUUGCUCCCCUCUUUGGUCCACCAUUAGAAUCAGCUUUUGAUGAGCAGAAGACGGAAGUUCUUUUAGAUCAGCCUGAGAUCUGGGGUUCAGGCCAACCGAUGAACCCAAGUACGGAGUCGCCAGAGCUAGCAAGACCUUUCCCCACUGGAACACCUCCACCUCUGCCUCCAAAAACUGUACCAGCCACCCCGCCUCGAACAGGCUCCCCCUUAACAGUUGCAACAGGAAAUGACCAGGCAGCCACAGAGGCCAAAAUUGAGAAACUACCAUCCAUCAGUGACCUGGACAGCAUUUUUGGGCCAGUGUUGUCGCCCAAGUCUGUUGCUGUUAAUACUGAAGAGAAGUGGGUCCAUUUUUCUGAUGCAUCCCCGGAACAUGUUACUCCAGAGUUGACUCCAAGGGAACAGGUGGUGACCCCACCAGCUGCAUCAGACAUCCCAGCUGACUCCCCCGCUCCAGCCCCACCUGGCCCCCCAGGCUCCGCAGGUCCCCCAGGGCCUCCUGGUCCUCGCCAUGUACCAUCUCCGCUCAAUUUAGAAGAAGUCCAGAAGAAAGUCGCUGAGCAGCCCUUCAUUAAAGAUGAUUACUUAGAAACACUCUCAUCUCCUAAAGAGUGUGGGUUGGGACAGAGAGCAACUCCACCUCCCCCACCACCACCCACCUACAGGACUGUGGUCUCGUCCCCCGGACCUGGCUCGGGCAGUGGUACGGGGACCACCAGUGGUGCGUCUUCUCCUGCUCGGCCAGCCACCCCCUUAGUUCCUUGCAGCACCACUCCGCCUCCACCUCCUCCCCGGCCUCCAUCCCGGCCAAAGCUACCUCCAGGAAAGCCUGGAGUUGGAGAUGUGUCCAGACCUUUUAGCCCACCCAUACACUCCUCCAGCCCUCCUCCGAUAGCACCCUUAGCCCGGGCUGAAAGCACUUCUUCAAUAUCGUCAACUAACUCACUGAGCGCAGCCACCACUCCCACAGUUGAGAAUGAACAGCCCUCCCUCGUUUGGUUUGACAGAGGAAAGUUUUAUUUGACUUUUGAAGGUUCCUCCCGGGGGCCCAGUCCCCUAACUAUGGGGGCCCAGGACACCCUCCCGGUUGCAGCAGCUUUCACAGAAACUGUCAACGCCUACUUCAAAGGAGCAGAUCCAAGCAAGUGCAUUGUUAAGAUCACGGGAGAAAUGGUGUUGUCCUUCCCUGCUGGUAUCACCAGACACUUUGCCAACAACCCAUCCCCAGCAGCUCUGACUUUCCGGGUGGUAAAUUCCAGCAGGUUAGAGCACGUCCUGCCGAACCCCCAACUUCUCUGCUGUGAUAAUACACAAAAUGAUGCCAAUACCAAGGAAUUCUGGGUAAACAUGCCAAAUUUGAUGACUCACCUAAAGAAAGUCUCUGAACAAAAACCCCAGGCUACAUACUAUAAUGUGGACAUGCUCAAAUAUCAGGUGUCUGCCCAGGGCAUUCAGUCCACACCUCUGAACUUGGCAGUAAACUGGCGCUGUGAGCCUGCAAGCACUGACCUGCGCAUAGACUAUAAGUACAACACGGAUGCCAUGUCCACUGCAGUGGCCCUCAACAACGUACAGUUCCUGGUUCCCAUAGACGGAGGAGUGACCAAGCUUCAGGCUGUGCUUCCUCCAGCAGUCUGGAAUGCUGAACAACAAAGAAUAUUAUGGAAGAUUCCCGAUAUCUCCCAGAAGUCAGAAAAUGGAGGCGUAGGUUCUUUACUGGCGAGAUUUCAAUUAUCCGAAGGCCCGAGCAAACCUUCCCCACUGGUUGUGCAGUUCACGAGUGAAGGAAGUACUCUCUCUGGCUGUGACAUUGAGCUUGUUGGAGCUGGCUAUCGGUUUUCACUCAUUAAGAAGAGGUUUGCUGCAGGAAAGUACUUGGCAGAUAACUAAUAAAAGGUCAUGCAAGGAUUUGGAAGAUCCAUGCCCCGGAGAACUGUUGUUUGAGAGACAUGUUUUAAUCUGGCUUGAUGAACACAAACCGAUGUCCGUACUUGGGGGUCUGUCAGCUGGAAGGUCCUGGCUUUCAGCAGUGACUUCCGGCACCCAGUACUGUGCUGCUCAGUUCUGCAGUAUUUACUUAUAGGUGUAAUAUUUGUUAAUGGUUUUAAAAUGUAAUUAUUGUAUUUGUAAACUGUACCUUCAUUCCAGUAAGGCAGUUAGACACUUGGGUUUUAGCAUUUUCCAUUCCUGAAACGGAUGUAAUUUAAACUGUGGUAUGUAAAUUUAAUAGUAGUACUGUUGAACGGCACAAUGCUUACAGAGAUACAGCGCAUUUUGUCAAUAUAUAAAAUUUAAAUAUGAUGUUGAUAGUUAUCAUAAAGGGGGUGCCACACAUCGAGAACCUUAAACAGAACCAGAAACAAAACACGCAGCCUACUUUCCUUCACUCUUUACUAUGUUUCCCUCUAGUGCUAAAAAAAACUUCUAGCUUCAGUUUAGUGGGUUAAAUUCACACACUAUCUCAGAGAAAAGAAAAUUCUAAAGUUACAGCAUAUUCAAAGAGAAACAGUAAUUACCACUUUUUAAAGAGCUUUUUUUUCAAACUGCAAAUUUCAUAAAAAUGCAAACUGUGUAAACAGGGCCUCUUAUUUUUAUAACUUGUGUAAAAAGGGAAAAGCAAUUCAUAUUUAAAGUUUAAGUAUAUUAAAUUAUAUCCAAGAGGGCAGAGGUUGCUGAAGUCCGACCUGACCCCUAGCCCCUUCUGUGCCGUUUAGCAAAUGUGGAGAUUGCUAAGUCAUCGGAUUAAAGCCAACAUGAUUUUUAAAGUUUCGAGACUUUCUGUAGCUGAACUGGUUAAAACUUUUGCACAAUUGCUCGGGACAGAGGGGCCUCCCUCGUCCAGCAUCCAGGGGUGGGUACCUCGUUUCUUCUUUACUCAUGAGAAUCAAAACACAGAGAAGGAUGGAGGAAAACAAAUAGUCCCCUGGUCCAUCCAAAAGGAGAAUUCUAAACUUAUCUUUUACAUCUUUGGGGGAAGGAAGAAAUAAACUUUAUAAAUGAAAUUCUAUUCACCUUGUUAUGAAUAUUUUUGGAUGAUUUUAAGAUUCAUCAUAUACAACUGUGAAUCUUUGCCGCUCUUGGGGAAUUGAAAGCAGAGCCAGAGACGGGACAGUGGCUUUGAACAUAGUAAAUGCCACAGUUCUGGGAGUGGGGACGGUGUCUGCCCCACCGGAGGGGAAUCAAAGCAGUGUCGUGUGAGGCCUAAAGAAGACGUCUUCCAGUAAACCACAAGUUAUUUUAAACAGAAAAGUUCCUGUUUGGGGCUCUCCUACUGAGUUGGCAUGUGUAGCAUUGGCUGCUGAAUCACAUUUUGUAUCCACUCGAAUCUGACAAGGAGUGGUCAGCUCCUUUUCAAUUUUAGAAUCAAAUUAAAAAUGUUUUAAGUCUUA